GGAGACUAGAGACUGUAGACUGAUAGAUACAUAUGCCGUUAAAUGAAAGUCCCUAAAAAAUCAACGCAAAUAUGCCGAGCAAUAAAGUUGAAGAAAUCACGGACAAGUUAGAAAGUUGUCUGUCUAUAGACACAAAGAAGAUGGACAAAUACAACAGGUAUCGACAGGAAGGGAAGGAGGCUGUCAAGCGUGAUGAUCUGCCUCACGCCCUUAAGCUUUUUCAACUGGCUUACCAGCUGCAGCCGAGUGACAAGCUGAAGAAACGGAUCCAGGCCAUACAGGAUCGCAUUCAGAGAGAUAUGGAGGAAGAGGAGGAAGAGGAGGAAUUUGUGGAUGUGAAUGAUAGUGGAUUGAAGCUUUAUAAAGUGCUUCACAAUAAACUUUAUGACCAUCAGAAAGAGGGUGUGGCUUUCCUGUACAGUCUCCACCGUGACGGAAGGAAAGGAGGAAUCCUGGCUGACGACAUGGGCCUUGGCAAGACCAUUCAGGUCAUUUCAUUUUUGUCAGGGAUGUAUGAUGCAGAGUUGGCCAAUCAUACCCUGUUAGUCAUGCCUACCUCACUCAUACAGAACUGGGUACAUGAGUUCAACAAGUGGUCUCCUGGCAUGAGGGUGAAAGAGUUUCACGGUACCAAGAAAGCUGAGCGAAACAGGAACCUGGAGCAAAUCCAGCGCAGAGGAGGAGUCAUCAUUACCACCUACCAGAUGCUCAUCAACAACUAUGAGCAGCUUGCAUCAUAUGACCAAUGUAAGUUCGAAUGGGACUACAUCAUCCUGGACGAGGCCCAUAAAAUCAAAACCCCAUCCACUAAAACUGCUAAAAGCGCUCGUGCUAUCCCCGCACAACACCGUGUGCUACUGACGGGCACUCCAGUUCAGAAUAACCUACAAGAGAUGUGGGCUCUGUUUGAAUUUGCUUGCCAGGGGUCACUUCUGGGAACCUACAAAACAUUCAAAACAGAGUAUGAGAAUCCAAUCACACGUGCAAGGGAGAAAGACGCCACUCCAGGAGAGAAAGCUCUUGGACUGAAGAUUUCCCAGAACUUGAUUGACAUCAUCAAACCUUAUUUUCUCAGGCGGACCAAAGCAGAUGUUCAGCACAAAAAGGAUAAACGUGAAGAAGGCUAUGAAGACGAGGUAGAUCAAGAGAACAAAUGUCCAAAUGCUGGCAAAGGCAUUGAAAUGCCAUCGUUAACACGAAAGAACGAUCUCAUCGUGUGGACGUACCUCAGCUCGAUUCAGGAGGACAUUUAUAAACAGUUCACCUCGCUGGACCAUAUUAAGGAGUUGCGGACGACUAACAGAUCGCCACUGUCUGAGCUUGUGGAGUUAAAAAAGAUCUGUGACCAUCCCAGACUCCUGUCUAAUCGAGCUGUGACUCAAUUAGGCCUGGAGCAAAGUUAUGCCUCUAUCCAUCCAUCCGAUCUCUCAGAUGAGACUUUGGUUGCAGAGUCAGGGAAGCUGCAGUUUCUCGUAUCUCUAAUGGAAUGUCUCCGUGAAGAGGGCCAUCGGACCCUGAUCUUCUCCCAGUCAAGGAAGAUGUUAGACAUCAUAGCAUAUGUCCUGCGUAAAAGAAACUUUCAGAUUCUGCGCUUGGAUGGCACAGUGACGAAACUGGACGAAAGGGAGAGGCGUAUCAAGUUGUUCCAGGCAAAGAAACGCUACACAAUCUUUCUUCUCACAACUCAGGUGGGUGGAGUUGGCGUCACGUUAACUGCAGCAAACCGUGUCGUGAUCUUUGACCCCAGCUGGAACCCUGCAGCAGAUGCUCAGGCUGUGGACCGUGCCUACCGAAUUGGCCAAACCAAAAAUGUCAUCAUCUAUAGACUCAUCACCUGUGGCACUGUGGAGGAGAAAAUCUACCGCAGACAGGUGUUUAAAGAGUCUCUCAUCCGGCAGUCAACCGGCGAUAAGGAGAACCCUUUCCGUUACUUCAGUAAGCAGGAGCUGCAUGAACUGUUUAAUCUCGAAGACACACGCUCGUCCACCACUCAGCAGCAGCUUCAGGCAAUGCACGCACACCACCGCCGCUCUGACACAAGCCUGGACCAGCACAUCGCUCGCCUUCACACCAUGGAGAUGUGUGGCAUCUCUGAUCAUGACCUCUUGUUCACUAAAGAGGUGGCAGCUAAUGAAGAUGACCCAGAGGAUGAAGAGUCACAUAAGUACAUUCAAACACGUGUCCAGAAAGCACAAGAGCUCAUGCAGGUGGAAUCAGAACUGCAUUGCCAGCUGAUGGACAACGUGGCCCAGAACAUCGAACCUGCUUGUCUCAGCCAAACAGGGCAACUGAAAUCUGCUAGAAGAGACUGCCCAGCCCCUCCAUGUACCAAAAACAAGCCAGUGACUGUGGAUCUGACAUAUGACUGCUUUGAUGAGCCAGAAAUAGAGGAAGAUGAGCAGAACUUUCCAACAGUUGAGGAUGCAGAGAUGGAAGAUGUAAGUGAAGAAGAACAAAUUGUAAAUGAAGAAGACCAAGUGAAAAUUGAGUCGCCUUGGUCUGGUGGAGAAAGAAACGUGAAUGUUAGUCCUGCUGCUGACAAGCUAGCUGAUGCUGUGAUCACGCUGGAUGACAGUUUAGAUGAGGAGGACGUGUUGUAUGAUAAUGGUGCAUCAGAGAAACAAAAAUCUGUUCACGACUUGCCAAGUACUUCUUGCCAUUUUCCAAAGUUGGAAGAGCUUUCGAUAGCAUCUGAUGCUCUUGAUAACCAAGAGGUCCAGGUGGACAAGCCCAAUUCAAUGAUGCUUUCGUCACCUCAAUCUCCACAUGAUGCCACAGCGGGAGAGUCUUUUAAAGCAGAUGUAGAAAUGCUUCAGGGAAACUUCAACUUGCAGCUAGAGGACAGUGCAAAUAUGUUCUCUGUUGAAGAAGAGGAAGGUUGUGAUGUGGAUGAAUCACUAGCAGAGGAGAGUCCUGAGUUUCAGCUUCAGAUGGAUGUCAGUGGAGAAAGGCUGCAAGAAGCAAGCAUCCAUGAAAGAAGACACUAUGGUAAACAAAACAAUGGUGAAAUCAGUAAAUGCAACGACAGUGAGAUCUUCAAUCCUAACAUUUGUGAAGUCAGCAAGCAUUUAUCUCUUCUGAGAAUCCAUUCUGGUCCAGAUACACCUUCAGAAGACUCCUUUGUGCAUUCAGUUCAGAAUAGGAAAAGGCAGAUCAUUUCUGAUACUGAUGAAGAAGAGGAGGAUUCAGAGAAGCCAUGUAUAACAAGCAGCCCAUUGGCUGAUGGCCUCAACAAGCUGGGUUGUUUAACACCAAAAUCCACUUUAACUGACAGUGGCCGACUCUGGCGCAGCUUGAACACUUCUGUGGCAUCAAGAAGGUCCUUCAUAGUGUCCAUGCUGGAGAAUGAGUCUGAUGAGGAGUCAGAAGAGCCCAGCAAAACCGAAUCCUAUGAGACCUCUGAAGCCAGUGAAACUCAUGCAGAUGACUCUGUGAUGGAGGAGGAGGAGCCCAGUGGAGGCAAAAUCAAAUCCUAUGAGACCUCUGAAGCCAGUGAAACUCAUGCAGAUGAAUCUGAGGUGGAGGAGGAGGAGCUCAGUGGAGGCAAAAACGAAUCCUAUGAGACCUCCGAAGCCAGUGAAACUCAUGCAGAUGACUCUGUGAUGGAGGAGGAGGAGCCCAGUGGAGGCAAAAUCAAAUCCUAUGAGACCUGUGAAGCCAGUGAAACUCAUGCAGAUGAAUCAGCAAUGGAAGAAGAGGAACCAAAUGGAGAUAAAACAAAAUCCAUUCAAAUAUUUGAAGCCAGUGAAUCACAAACUGAUGAGUUGGUGGUGGAAGAAGAGGAACCCAGUGGAGAGACUUUAAACUCAGAAGAGUCCGAAGUUCAUGAAGAGAUGGAAGAAAGUGUAGAUUCAGGAAGAUACCAGGAGGAAGAAGAAUGGCACAGUGCCCUGCUUGAAUCCACUGCUGAAUUUGAACUAGACUCCAAUGAAAUGAUGGGCCAGUGUGCCCCUAAAACAUUCCCUCCGGAAACACACAUUCUACCUGUUAUUUCCACAAGCAGUGAUGUGACUGCUUCUAAACCCUCUGAGAACACGUAUGAGAUGCUGGUCCUCUCUGGGAAACAGUGUUUGGCAGAAGGGAGGAAGCAAGAGGCUCUGGAUUUCUUUUUAAAGGCCAUAGACAUUAAUAUUGGUGAUGCUGAGAUCCAGCUAUUGAUUAUCCAUUUGUACAGGCAACUUAGACAAUAGGGAAAUUAAAACAUGCAGCUAUUAA